CUUUCUGUAUUUAUUGAUUUGGUUCACUAAAGUCACAGGGAAGGGUUUUGAGAUCGAUAAAAACUCUUGUGUGUUGUACCAGAGAGGAUAGAUAAAAUAUUGGCCAUAGAUUUGUAAUCCUUUUGUUUUUUUUCUUUCUCAGGAGGACUUCAGCCAUAGUGGUUUUGUUUUUUAAUAUAUAUCAGUGUGUUUCACUUGUUGAUACUCUUUUCUCUCCUGGUGGACGAGUGAAGAGGUGAGAGAGCAGAUAAGAGCUAAGCGCUUGCUUUCUGCGUUUCUCGGAGAAUUUGUCUUCAAAAGAAGGGCAAGCAGUGGAUUUAUGUCGUCUGGGUUUAUUCUGGCAGUGAUUGGGGCUCAGUUGAAACGCUCCAUUAUUUAUGUUUGCUUUUCUUUCUCCUUGACUCUCUUUGUGUGCUCCGAUUGCUGUAUGCUUCACUGCAUUCUCAACCACAAUACUGUGAAUCCACUUGUUUCAAUGCGAUUGAGGCCAAAAAGGACUUGUUGCGGAGUGGAGUGUUUCGGAGGUUUUCACAUACAAAGAUUUUCGCAUCUUUUCAUAUUCCUAAGAGGGGAUUUCACCUGAUAGAGCCUUGAGAGAUUUUGUUACCCUCUUUUGGUUGGCGUUCAUUUCCUUUUCCUUCCUUGAUUCGAUUUGUUUUCCUUCACAGUUUCCUGGGUAUUUUGAGGGGUUUUGGGAGGGUUUUUCCUGAAUUUUUUUCCACCAUGCCUGACCCUCGGAAACAACCGGCUUCUAGAGGGAAGCAAAAGCUUCAGCAAGAGUCCAAACCGAUGAGAAAACUUCGCAUAUUUUACAACGAUCCAGAUGCUACCGACUCAUCCGAAGAUGAGUCGGAGAGGCUUCAAAACCCGGUAAAGGCAAAAAGAAGAGUGUGUGAGAUCUCUCUUCCCCCUCUUCCUCGAAUAUUCACCACAGCAGAAACGAGUUCCUGUGAGGUGAAUAGCAACAAAAAUGUUUGUAUUGAAGGGGAGCCCCAAAGUAAGAAGAGGGCUUUGUUCCAAACCCAGUCAACUAAGAAGAGGCCUUCUGGGAAACCUAAAGGUGUUAGGCAGAGGAAAUGGGGUAAAUGGGCUGCUGAGAUUCGUGACCCCUUUAAGGGUGGUCGUGUAUGGUUAGGCACUUUCGAUACUGAAGAAGCGGCUUCCCAAGCCUACGAGGCCAAAAGGUUCGAGUAUGAAACUCGGGCAAAGACUGAAGCUUUGGCUAAUAAUGGACCUUUGGCGACAUCUUCUAAUAAGAGUAACUCCACCAUCUCUUCUGUUGUUGCUGCUGUCUCUGUAUCUGAGAAGUUUUCUACUACUUCUACUUCUGAGGACUCGUCCGAGAGUGUGUUGUCACACAUAUCACCAUCCUCCGUACUUGAGUUGGAUACCUCGGCUUCUAAAUCCUUUGACAAGGAUAAUGUUGUUUUCACUGAGGAAGCUACUGAUUUGGUGGCUGAACUUGCAGGGUUAGAAAUACCAGAUUUGAGUCUGUUGAACUUGCCACCACCACCUGCUGCUGGUGGUCCAUCUGGAUCUGAGCCUAACUUUGCACUUGAUUUUGAUUUGUUAUCCUUUGAUGAUUAUGGACAGGGUUUUGAUGAUCUUGGUGACUUGGAAGAUCUUCACAUUUUUGGGUUUGAUGACAAUGAGCCUAGUGAGCUUCCUGAUUUUGAUUUUGGUGAUUUUGGUGCUGAUGAGUUUGCUGGUUGGAUUGAGGAGCCCCUCAAUAUACCUUGUGCCUAAGUUUUGCAGAGCUGCUAGAUUUCUAAGUUAUUACAUGUUUUGUUGUUGUUAGGUUCUGUUAUAAUUUUGUAAUGUCUCAGGAACUGUGUAAUCGAUUCCUGAAUGAGUGUUCUUAUGCGUUUGUUUUUUGAGGGAUUUGUCGAGUCUUACUUAGAGCAGUGAGAUGGAAAGAGAAUCCCUUGGGUUUUCCCGUGCUGUUAAGAGCCGUCCAAGGGAUCUUGAACCAUAUACUAUGUCGUAAUUUCAAAGGUUCUUCUAUGGCAGAGUAUUAGUGAAAAUAUCUUCUAUGUUUUGUCUUCGGUUGUGUCUUAUUGAAGAACAUAAAUUAUUAGUCUUUAAACUAUUGCUAUUAUUUUUAUACACAAA